AAUAUACAAAAGUGUUUCCGUAUUAAUUUCGUUUUAGAUACUGUAUUUUUUCGAACGUUCGACUUAAAUUUUUUGUGUUGGGUAUAAAGAUACACAUUUUAAUGACAACCGACAAAAAACAUGUUACUUGGCAGUAGCAUCAUUGCAGUGCUCCUCUGGCAUCAAAUAUACAGAUAGCCUACUCCAUCUUACAUACAAUGUCAUGAGCAGUCAUCAGUGCCACAGAGAUAAUUGAAACCAUCAGUGUUUCUUUUAAAAUGAAUAGGCAUAAACUAUGUUUGGAAUGUUUUGGUGGGAAGUACAAGAUAAACACUAAAAGUGACGUAGUGUUAUCAGCAACUUGGACUUUCACCCAAAUUUUCCAUGCGCUGUGUAGUUCAGUGAAGAGAGGGUUCAUUCUCUCAUUACAAGGGGAGCGAAAUAAUCAGUGCCUUUUUUUACAUAGUGCUGAAUAUUUGUUGGGAUGGGAACAUGUAAUGUGGUGUAAUAUUACCAGUAAAUUAUAUAACUUAAACUAAUUGAAUGUGUUAUUGACGCUGUCAUAGUGAAAGUGUUGUUACUGGUAUAAUCUCUUAGCGUUUUCACCGGUGUUUUCAUUCUUAAUAACAAAAUAGUUUGGGGGAAAAUGGCAUGUUGUGCGUGGGUUAAGAGUAUUACUGUUGAACCAGUAUUACUUUUUUACAUGUUAGCAAUUUUUAUGCAGUAUGGAAUUUUUCAAGACUUGGUGUAUGAGGAAGUAUGUAGAACAACAUUCAAUGUUACAGUUUGUGAAAAUCUUCAUGACCCCAUAUACACGGAAUGUCUUGAUACAGUGCAGAAUGAUGCAUCAAUGUGGAUAUUAAGCUCGACUGUGUCAUUAGCUUUGCCAUCUAUAAUAUCGGCGAACGUUUUGGGUUCUUGGGGUGAUCGUUUCGGAAGGAAACUUCCACUAGUAUUGCCAUCAGUAGGAGGCCUUCUUAGUGCUCUUGUGUAUAUAUGGAUGUCAUUGUGCAAUUUAUCUGGCCCAGUAUGGCCAAUUCUUGUUGCUAGUGGUAUAUCAGGCAUAUUUGGUGGGUUUGUAAGUUGCAUCAUGGCAGUCACUAGCUAUGUGUCCAGCAUAUCUUCUCAGCAUAGUCGAACUGCUCGAGUGACCGUUCUAGAAGCUAUGACAUUUAUUGGUGGAACGAUUGGUCCAUUUGCAGGUGGGGGAUUGCUUUCAGUUUCAAGUCAUGCAGCAGUGUUUGGCUGCAUCUUCAUCUUUCACUUGAUUGUUAUAGCGUAUGUGUUAUUGUUUGUGCGUGAAGUUGUAGGAACUGAGACAGACAGCUCUUAUUGCAGUUGUUUUCAUAUCAGAGACUCAAUAACAACAUGCUUCAGAUCCAGGGAUGGUUGCAAGAGAGCUAAUUUGAUGUGUUUCUUAGCAUGUUGUCUAAUUAUAAUGACUAUCAUUGCAGGCGAAUUGGACAUCACCUAUCUCUACACUAAAGAUGAACCUUUGAAGUGGAAUUACCAAACCUACAGUUACUAUUUUGGUUUUAAAUAUGCUUUGGCAUCUCUCGUACUAAUUUUUGCAACUCCUGCAUUAAAUUACUUUUUAAUACCUGAUCAUAUAAUAUGCCUUGUUGGCAUUGUUUCCAAAGCGGUUGGUUUUGUGGUGUUGGGAUUUAGUACAACAAACACAAUGAUGUUUAUUGUUCCAGUGGUGUCUAUGUUCAGUUCAUUUUGUGUGCCAUCUCUUCGUUCACUUCUGUCCAAACAAGUUGAAACUUGUGAAUUAGGUAAAAUGUAUGCAUUUGUUGCAUGUGUGGAGAAUAUUUGUACGCUCCUCGGAUCGCUUGUGUUUAAUAGUUUGUAUCCGAUUACCAGAACAUUUCAGAAGGGACUCAUUUUCCACUUUGCAGCUGUGUUACAUAUUGUUCCGUUCAUUAUAAUGUGGUGGACUUUUCUAUCCAACGAAUCUGCGGCUUAUACAAAUUUGAACCAGGGAGGAUAGUUUUAGAUACCUUUAUAUUUCAACUCUAGUCUUCCAUUAAAUAAUUGGCAGCUUACUGGUCACGGUAUGUUGGGAAUUUAUUUGAAGUUUUACUGAAUCGAGGAGGUAUGAAUCAUACACAAAUGUGUUUAGUUACUUUGCUAGUUUACUUAUUGAUUUUAAGAAAAUUAACGAGCCAUUCAAGAGUCGUUAUUGACACGACUGAGUGCUGAAAUAAUGAAAAUUCUCACUUAUUUUAAAUCUGACGUGUGAAUAAUGAAUAUUCCUAUUCUGUGCAGAUGUCAUUCUAUUUGAUUUCGGAAUGUACUCCGGAACUUUAAUUGAUUUUAUCUUUUAUGGUAUAGAAUUGUUGUAAAGCCGUGCAGAUCUGACCUGUUUUAUGCGGUAGUUGCAUUAUCGAGAAUAAUAAAUGUGUAAGUGAAUGACUUUUUUUUUUCUUUGAUGAAAUGUGAGAAAUAUGUACGAUGUUCCCGAUCAAAUACCUGUCAACAUUAAAUUUUAAUUCUGUGAUGUCUUUUUGUUACUGGAAAGUGAAAUAAUACUGUAAUAACAUUGAAAAGAAAUUUAAAAUUAUAAAUAUAAUAUCAUCAACCAUGA